AUGGCGCAUCCGGGUUCUUCGCUCGUCCGGGCGUCGGAGUCUCCACGGCCGGCGGUGGCCUUGCAAGGCGCUGGCCUUGAUGAAACAGUAAGAGGAUCGUCAAUGCCCGUCAGCCAGCUCGUCAUCCGCCACACGAAAUCUGCGGGCCGCGUCAUUCGUAGAGCGUUCGGCAGCGCCCCUAGUGUUCUCGAUCCCCGCAAGGAUUCUUCUAGGCCGACACCAUGCACCGGCAACGGCUCUUCAAGAAGUUCACCAGCAGCUUUCUCAGGAAGUGGUUGCAAAGAGACGCAUCGGAGGCCAUUGACUGCAGAACGCAAUGCCGCCACCCGCCGCCGCCGCCGCCGCCCCGCCGCCGCCGCCCCCGCCACCACCGCCACCGCGCCCGCCGCCGCCCGCCGCCCGCCGCCGCCGCCGCCGCCGCCGCCGCCGCCGCGCGCCCCGCCCCGCCACCCGCCACCGCACCGCCACGCCAACCGCCACCGCCACCGCACGCCACGCCACCGCCACCGCCACCGCCACGCCCACCGAACCCCACCGGACCCUCCUCCACCACCGCCCACCGCCUCACAACCACCACCCCUCCUCCACCACCCCCCCUCCUCACAACCACCACCGCCUCCUCCACCGCCUCCACCGCUCCGGCUCCGCCUCCACCACCGCCGCCGCCGCUGUGACUCGCGCGCGCUGGUUAUUUCUGCGGUGAAAGGCGCAGGAAACAAGUGCCAGCGCGAGCUUGAGAACGCCGCCGCCGCCGGGUUGAGCAAGCUCUCCUCUCCGCCGCGUGCAGCGCUGCGAGGUGUUGGCGAGCGUGGCUGA